CCUCUCCUUUCAACAUAUGUGUAGCUGCAAACUUCAUAGGACUUGUCUUUGUUAUCUGCAUUCGACUCUUUCUUCGUUGUUUCCAUAUUCUUUCUUGACUGCAUUAAAUAAACAGAACCUCUUCCUUCACCAUUUCCGUCUCAGCCAUCUCAAUUUUUAUUUUUUAUUUAAAAAAAAAACAGAGAAACUCAUCUCUUCUCUCUCCCAAACACCACUCAUGUUCUCCUCCAAAACCCAUUUGCUCCAACUGCUUCUGUUGCUCUGUCUUGUAACCGAAAAUGCAGGAGAAGCCGCGCAGAGGAAGAGAAGGGCGACCCAGUUCCUAGAAGCUCCUCUCUUCUAUAACUCCCCCCAAUGCCCACAGCUUUCCAUUCAAGAAAACCGACAUUGCAGCAAGGACAUGGUUAACAUAGCCAUGACUCUCGAUCAAGCUUAUCUUCGAGGAUCCAUGGCUGCCAUUCUCUCCAUAAUUCACCACUCCACCUGCCCCCAGAAUCUCUACUUCCAUUUCAUCACUUCCCUCAGAAGCCAGCUAAACCAAACAACCGAGGAAAAUGAAGAAGAUGAUGAUCUCCAAUCGACGAUAUCAAGCUCCUUCCCAUAUCUCUCCUUCAACAUCUACACUUUUGACGAGAAGACUGUAAGCGGAAGAAUCUCAACAUCAGUGCGAGAAGCGCUCGACAGACCGUUGAAUUAUGCGCGUGCCUACCUCCCCGACCUCCUACCUCGAUGUAUCCGCAGAGUAAUCUACUUAGACUCAGACGUAAUACUGGUGGACGACAUUGAGGAGCUAUGGUUGACGGAAUUCGAGGGAGAGUCGGUCAUCGCAGCACCAGAACACUGCAAUGCGAACAUGUCAAGGUACUUCACAGGAGCAUUUUGGUCGAACCCGGUCCUUUCAAUGACAUUCUCAAAUAGGAGGAGGAAGGCGUGCUAUUUUAACACAGGGGUAAUGGUGGUGGAUAUGGAGAGAUGGAGGGGGAGAGAUUGCAAAAGGAAGGUAGAAGAGUGGAUGGAGUUGCAGCAGAGGAUGAGGAUAUAUGAGCUGGGGUCGUUGCCGCCCUUCUUACUUGUGUUUGCAGGGGAGAUAACGAGAGUGGAGGAGAGGUGGAAUCAACAUGGGUUGGGCGGAGAUAACUACGAGGGGCAUUGUCGUAAAUUGCACCCGGGGAGGGUGAGCUUACUGCACUGGAGCGGGAGGGGGAAGCCAUGGGUUCGCUUGGAUGAGAAUAGGUCGUGUGCUGUCGAUGCUAUGUGGGCGCCUUACGAUAUGUUGAGGAAGUCGGUCCAGCGUAUCUAUUAGAUUAGAUAAAUGUGGGUUUUUUUUUUUUUCAAAUGACUAGUCUUUUAUUUAUUUAUUUAUUUAUUUAAUAAUUAUAGUUGAUAAAAUUCUCUAUGAAAUGGAAAAAAUAAAAAAUAAAAUUGUACAAACUUAAAACUAGUGUUUAAUAAUGUGGAUGUGCUU